UUCAUUUUUUCUCUUUCCCCCGAAGCUUGUCAACUACCCUUGCUUGCCACCACAAUAAACACUACCAAAUAAAUGCCUCCCCAAGAGCCAAAGUCAUUUUAACUUGCUAUUAACUCCAAAUUACUACAAUUUCCACUCACCUGUCUGGAAUCGCUUCUAAUCUACUUCACUCCCUCUCUCUACUUUCCACUUUUCUGUUUACCCUGAUCCUUUCUCCACUUGGCUUAGCUCUCCCGCCGUAACCUAACCCCAAAUCUAACCAUUUAUAUAUUACUUUCACAUUCAUUUAAUAUUAGUUAAUCAAAUUUUCUUUAAUUUUAUGCAUCUAGGGUUUGUAUUUAUCAAUUCAUUUUUCUCAGAAUUUCAUAACUGACGCUUUUAACGGCUGAGAAAAAUGGAAGUGGAGCAAACCCGAACGGACAAUCCGGCUAUGACCUUCGAUGAGAUUUCCAUGGAGCGCAGCAAAAGUUUCGUCAAGGCUUUGCAGGAGCUCAAAAACUUGAGGCCUCAACUUUAUUCUGCUGCAGAAUAUUGUGAGAAGUCUUAUCUUCAUACUGAGCAGAAGCAGAUGGUGCUGGACAACCUGAAAGAUUAUGCUGUGCGAGCCCUUGUUAAUGCUGUUGAUCAUCUUGGCACCGUGGCUUACAAGUUAACUGGCCUUGUUGAGCAACAAACUUUAGACGUCUCAACCACGGAGCUAAAGGUUUCAUGUCUAAAUCAGCAACUUCUUACAUGCCAAACAUAUACGGAUAAGGAAGGUCUUAGGCAGCAGCAGUUGUUGGCAUUCAUCCCAAGACAUCACAAACAUUAUAUAUUACCAAAUUCUGUUAACAAGAAGGUACAUUUUAGCCCUUACAUUCAAACUGAUGCAAGGAAAAAUUCAUUUCAAGCUAGAUCUCAUCUCCAGCCUUCAGGUUCCCCCGCAUCCAAAACUCUUUCCUGGCAUUUAGCCUCUGAGACCAAGUCUACAUUGAAAGGGACUUCACAAACUUUGAUGAAUGCUGAAGACACAAAAAAUUGUGGAAAAUCUUCUGCAGUUUUCCAACUACUGGCAGAUAAAGAAGAGAGUACACAGACAAGACCAUCAGGAGCUCUUUCUCAACUAUCAGCUGGAAGUCCUACUUCUGGUGUAAUCAUGCAAACAUUUGGUGUCACACGCAGGGAAUCGUUGGAGGGUUCUAAGCCUUUGACAGCAUUCAGGUCAUUUGAUAACCCAAGGCGAGAGAUGGUACGUGCUCCUGCUCGCAGUAAAAGUGUGCUAUCAGCUUUUUUUGUUAAACAAAAAGCAUCAAAACUGAAGGCUGGCUGAACUCUCAAGUCUCAACAAAGCAAAAUGUAUAUGCCACCCUGCAUGCCUCGCUGUUACGUCCGUUGAGAUGGCAGGAAAUGUCUCUCUUGCUUGUCGAUAAUGGCGCCUCUUCUUGUAGUCACUGAAAGUUAAUUGCUCAAAAUAUAUUUUAUUCCACCCUAAUUAUUACUUAGUUCUAAUAAUGAGCAUAUUGUGCAUAAGAAUCUGGUAAUGAAGAUAAUGACGAUUGUCUUUACCCCUGGGUUAUAUUGAUAAUGUUAAUAAUUGUGGGUUGUUGAUAGUGCUGAAUGAUAAUAAUGUUGAUAGUUCAAGAUACAUUAUUGCAGGUAGUUGAGAGCAAUAACACAAAAUUAUAUACCAUUCAUGAGAUCAUAUUUAGUGUUCCUCCUGUUAUGGUGAUAUGUUCCAUUCCAUGGUUGGUUGUCUAAACUUUUUCAAAGCAUUGUAAUCUCUUAUCAAUUUUAUUAUAAUACUCUUUCCAGAAUA